UUUUUUUUUUUUUUUUUUUUUUCGUUUUGUUAGUGUUUUGUUAGAGAUUCUGGGUUAUAGGACUGGAUGUUCGGCCCAAACCACCUCGAGCUACUUCUACUCUUUUGUCAGGCCAUUGGCAGUACAUCUGGUGGAUGUACUGCCAUUUGGGUUGUGCUUGUAGUUGGCAGGUUGUGAAAGGCGGAAAACGUGCAGGGAACCCAGAUCCAAACUGCAAACUGUCGUGCUCCAAACUGCAAAAACGUCAAAUCCACAAAGGGUAUAAGCAUUUUUGCGGUCAUUUGAUAACGACUUUCACUGGGGAUACCAGUGGAGAACCAAAUAUUGUUCGCAUGCCUAGGUCUAUUGGAGAGUCCGAACAGUCGGCCAGCUUUUCAAUGGAGAUGGUUGACCAACUUGACGAAACAAGCGAGUUUGAAUUGGAUAAUUUUUUACGUUGUAUAAAAGACGAGGUACAAAAAGAGAUUUUCAAAGAUCAGGUUAUCAGCGAAUUGAAGAACGAGAUGAAACACGAUAUUAAGAAGGAGGUGGUUGAUGAGUUGAAACAAGAGUGGAAAUGUGAGCUACGCAAAACUUGGUUGGAAGAAAUUAAGUCGAGAUUUACUGACGAAUUACAACACGAUCUUGGGUUCUUGCUUGAGUAGAAAACUAUUUAAUAAUAUAUGCUGAUCUAUAUGACUUCUUGUAACCCAUUUUCAUCUGGUUUGAACCAUUCUUCUUUCAAUACUUUCCAACAAAGAUAGGCCAAGUCAUGAGCCUUUUCU